AUGAUCAAGUAUUCUCUGUAUGAUUCCAAAAAGGAUGGAAUCAGAACAAAAUCUCCACUCCCUGUUUCGAUUCAUGAGAACAAAUACGUUUUUGACUACCCUUGCGAGGAUUCUUCUUCGUGUACAGACUACUCGAUUGGCCUACCACCAGGUUUGUACAAGUUUGAAUUGUACGGUGCCUCCGGAGGGAGCUACACCGGCAAAGUUUCCACAUAUCACUACCCCACAGGCGAAUGUAUGCCGGACGACAUCGUAAAACUGUUCAACGGAAAUACUUCCUGCCUCGACUCUUUUGAUUACGGCGGUGCCGGUGGCUAUGUCAGUGGUUUGAUCAAUAUCAAACACUUCACACAAGCAUAUGCCACGAUCGGCGGUGUCGGAAAAGAUCUAAUAAAUUCUUACUGCUCCACAGCCCAAAACUGCUAUCUCAAGAAAAAUAUGGUCCCUGGCGGAUAUGGUGGUGGUGGAAGCUCUGGUGGAUAUUACAAGGGAUCUGCCAGUGGUGGUGGCCAAACUUCCGUCCAAUUUUUAAAAAAUACCCUCUACCAUCGAGUGAUCGUGAGCGGUGCUGGUGGAGGGGCUGACGACUAUCGAGAAAAUGAUGGGAGAGGUGGCUCUGGCGGCGGCCUCGUCGCACAAGGUUGGUGGGCUAAUUCAGUCUACAAUGACCAAUAUUUAGCGAAUUCCUCUUUUGGAUUUACAUUUGGGACUGGAGAAGCCGCACAACUUGAAAAAUCGAAGCACCCCAACGGAAAUCAGACUAUUUCGUCUGGUUCCGAUAAAUGCGGCGGUGGAGGUGGUUGGUUUGGCGGAUUCUCGAGUAAUUAUAAUAACGGAGGUUGUGGUGGUGGUAGUUCAUGGGUUUUGACUAAAGAUGCAUAUAUCCCACAAGACUUGAUCGAAUCUCGUGAUGAAUUUUAUGAGAUUAUCGACUCAAAUCGAUACAACUUUGACACUAAUUCUGAAUAUUUGUUUUCAGAAGUCCAACACGUUCCUGGUAUCUGGCAAGGCAACGGUCGUCUUAUCAUCACAUAUCUUCAAACUAACUUGAUUAACAGUUGUUUCUUAAGACCUAACCAAAUGACUUUUCUUCUUUCAUAUUUCAUCUUAAUGAGUUAA